AUGGAACAUCAAUCUGCUACAAAGAAAGGAAAGACAUUAAUAUCAUCUUUCUUUAAAAAGAGAGAUCGUGAAACUAGUGAAAGUACUUCAAUUCCUGCUACAAUGGAAAAUCAAUCUAGUGAAGGUCUUCUCAUUCCUAGUGUCCAAAUUUCUUCAAUUUCUUCUCCUAGCAAAGACCAUCAAUCAUCAUCUGCUUGUAUUGAACGAGAUCCGGGAAAAAGAAAACCAAUAUGUGAAUAUCAUGUUAAUAUACGAGAUGAGAUAAGACGUUCAUAUCUAAAGAUGGGGCCUUAUCAACCAGAUAUGUUGGAGUAUCCGGCUACAAAAUUUGGAAAUCAAAAUCGUCGGUUUCAGAAAAAAUGGUUUCAGAAAUUUCAUUGGUUAGAGUAUUCGCCUUCAACAAAUAAGGCAUAUUGUUUUUAUUGUUUUCUUUUUAUGAAUGAUAUUAAUUCAUCUAAUAUCUCGGCACUAGUCAGUGAAGGAUUUGACAAUUGGAAAAGGGUAAACCAAGGAAAAACAUGUGCAUUUCUCGCCCAUAUUGGUUCUGCAGCUUCUUCGCCUCAUACUAUGUCUGAGAGAAGGGCAGAAAAUUUGAUGAGACCCUCUCAACAUAUUGAUAAUGUGAUGUAUGUUCAAGCUAAAGAAGAAAAGGAGAAAAAUCGUUUACGUUUGAAGACCUCAAUUGUCACUAUUCGAUGGCUAGCACUUCAAGGUUGUGCCUUUAGAGGUAAUGAUGAAUCUCUAUCUUCAUCUAAUCGUGGGGAUUUCCUUGAAUUGGUGAAGGCUUUUGCAAAAAUGAGUACGGAAAUUAAUGAAGUUGUACUUGAGAAUGCUCCAAAAAAUGCCCAAUAUAUUGCUCCAGAAAUUCAGAAAGAUAUUUUAUAUAUUAUGGCCAAUAGAGUACGACAGAUGGUUCGUGAAGAAGUUGGAGAUAAAUUCUUCUAUAUUCUUGUUGAUGAAGCACGAGAUAUAUCUAAACGGGAGCAAAUGGCCAUUAUCUUGAGGUUUGUGAACAAUCAUGGGAUUUUGACAGAAAGAUUUUUUGCUAUCAAAAGUGUUAGUGAUACUACCUCAUUGAAUUUGAAAAAAGAAAUAUCAAAUGUUCUUGUUCAUCAUGAUCUACAAGUUAAGAAACUCAGAGGCCAAGGAUAUGAUGGUGCUAGCAAUAUGCGUGGCGCGUGGAAUGGACUCCAGGCAUUAUUUCUCAGAGAUUGUCCUUAUGCAUACUAUGUUCAUUGUUUUGCUCAUCGACUACAAUUAACAUUGGUCUCUGCCGCUAAGGAUGUCAGUGUUAUUUGGGAAUUCUUUUCUCAUUUGGAUAAUAUUGUCAAUAUUGUUACUUCUUCUACUAAGCGCAUUACUGAGUUACAUACUGCACAAAGAAAUGAAAUUGAACAUAUGUUGGCAAUCGGAGAACGUGAUUCUGGAAGUGGGGCCAAUCAGAUUGGUAAUUUGCAGCGGGCAGGAGCUACUCGUUGGAGUUCUCACUAUGACUUAGUAAAAAGCUUGAUAGGUAUGUACGCUGCAACUUGCAAAGUUUUUGAAGUUCUUAGAGACUAUUCUCCAAAUGGAAGAGCUAAGGCUGAAGUUCGGGGAAUUUACAGAAACAUGGCAAGCUUUGAAUUUGUGUUCAUUUUGCACUUGAUGCAUAAAAUUAUGAGAACAACAGAUACUCUUUGUCAAAUUCUUCAAAGAAAAUCUCAAGACAUUUUGACUGCUAUUACAUUUGUCUCUACUACCAAAACCAUCAUUCAAGAACUUAGAGAAUGCGGGUGGGAAGAAUUUCUUCAUGAAGUGAAAGUUUUUUGUUCGAGAAAUGAUAUUGAUGUGCCUGACCUUGAUUGCCUAUCUUUAGAUCCAAAAAAUUCAUUUGAUUCAAUUAACAGUGAUGAUAUUUGCAAACUUGCAAAGAAGUUUUAUCCUGAAGAUUUCACAAAUCAAGACAUCGUUGCUUUGGAAUAUGAAUUGGUACAUUAUAAACUUGAUGUGAUGCAAAAUUUGAAGGCUUCUACACUUGUUGAGUUGUGUCAACAAUUGACUGAGAGUGGGCGGUCAAAGGUUUACAUUAUGUUAACUAGAUUGAUUCAUCUCGUUUUGACAUUACCUGUUUCUACUGCCACUACUGAGCGAGCCUUUUCAGCAAUGAAGCAUGUGAAGACGGCACUUCGCAAUAAAAUGGAGGAUGAUUUUCUUGAAGAUUAUCGAAUCAUGAAUCGAGCGUUGCUAAGUGGCAUGUGUAGGCUCUCCGAUGAAUACAUCAAUGCCAAAGGAGUGGCCGCGAUGGAGAGUUAUGGCCUAUUAUUGGUCGAGCACUCUAAUGAGCCGACUGGCAAAGCAGGGGGAAGCCGGACGACAGCUAAUCGAAUCAUGAACUGUGCGUUGUUGAGCGGCAAGUGUAGGAUCUCCGACGUGGACAUCAACUCCAAGGGAGUGGCCAAGCUACAGAGUCACGACAUGUUGCCGGUUGAGCAUUCCGACGAGCCGACCGGUGAGGCAAGAGAAAGCCAGGUAGCGGCUAGCAAAGCAAGUGGCAGCAAGGCGGCGGUUAGCGAGAUAGUCGCUCAUACUGGCGAGCUACUGCCCGAGCACCCAUCUAUGGUGCUAGUCGCAGUCCCAUUUGAGUCGGCUACUUUGGGCGAGCCACUGAUCCAAAGCCCGCAAGCAGCACUGAGCUGA